AACACAUGUUUACGUCCGUGCGCGUUUGUACUUUAGCGUUUGCGAAGUUCGACUAAGUUAACUCGAAAUUUGCGCAUUUUUCUCGCUUACUUUAGCAGUCCGCUGCUCUUGUGUGCAUUGCCUUGCACAAACACGUGACGGCAACAAUCAUUUUUUUUUUGUUUUUUGCACGCUGAUGUACUCGCUCAAGACCCGGCGUGCGUGAAAAGUCGAACGUCGUGUUGUCGUUUUUGCGAAGAAAGCUUGAAGCUACUUUUCCACCAUGGCCGCAUCGCUUGAAGGAUAUGUCAACCACACAGUAUCGAUAAUUACUGCUGACGGUCGCCACAUAGUGGGCACACUGAAAGGCUUCGACCAGACCAUUAACCUAAUACUGGACGAAAGCCAUGAACGUGUCUACAGCUCUGACCAUGGUGUCGAGCAGGUGCCCCUCGGACUGUACAUAGUGCGAGGCGACAAUGUGGUUGUCGUCGGGCAGGUGGACGACGAAUUGGACAUGCGCCUAGACUUGGCGAACAUGCGCGCUGAACCGCUGAAUGCUGUGGUCCACUAGUCGUGGGGUGCAUUGUUUGGACAAGGACCCUGGCAGCCUUCCUUCGCUGCUGCUUUAGGGCUGCUUCAAUUGAGAAAAUAAUGAGUGUUGUUUUUUUUAUUCCUUACUUUGUUCUAUGUGGAGAAUUGAAGCAGGGGUGCAUGCAGCAAUACGAGAGCUAAAGAACACCGAAGCUCGUUCACAGCUUGGGUUAAAAGGUAACAUUAGUGAUCUCCAGUGUUUCAAACGUCAGUUUUACCGAAGACAGAACUGUAAUCAGGUAAUUAAAAAUGCAUAAACGUAAGGGAGUUUUUUAUCUUUAGCAAAGAAUAGAUUACCAGCUUCGUGUGACGCAUUGCAGUCGUAAUUGAUAAUGAAAAGUUCUCUUAUUGUCGUAACUGAUAAUAAAAAAAAUAACGUGCAUCUGGGCAUAGAAGUAAGCGUAGUUUGGUCAGUUUUUGGGGUUGUCCUGCUCAACUUGUCGAUGCAGACUGCACGUCCUAUUGGGUGGUUGUUAGAGUGUGGUGCCCCCUCUGUACAGUCAUCUGAGCUGGGUGAAGACAGUGUUGUCAGGCAGGAAAGAUCGCUGGCACAGUGAAGCCUUGUUGCUCUUUGCUGGAUGAUGCAUUUUUCACCCAUCUCUUGAAUGCACUGUCAGCAUGAGACUUGCAGUCUUGCAAGCCGUCCUCAGCCGUCAUUUGAGCAUCAAACGAUUAAUCUCUUGCUGCUUUAACAAAUGCUGAGAGAUUCUCUAGGGCUAAAUUAUCACUUUGUAGUUGACUUUUCUCUCUGUGUAUGUAUGUGGAAACUGACAUAUAACACAUUCUCACGCUGAUGACAGUGAACCUCUUACAGUCCUGUUCAUCAGUUCUGUUCAUCUAACUUAGCACAAAAAAUUCUCUAACUGUAUACACAUAAAUUUUGGAUAUGUGUUGUGUGUGACUUCAUCAGGAAAUAAAAAGGAUCAUAUGGCUUUCGAAGAAAGCAGCAAGCCAAGAUAAGCCAUGUGAUGCUCUCUGCACAAAUGUGUUAGUACUUUGGCUGAUACCAGCCUGCGGUAUUUUCAUCUUGUAAAUAACAACAUUUACACUUUCACAUAAAAUAUUCAGAAAAAAGAAAGAUGGAAGUUCUGUAUUAAAGUUUGCGUAACUGGCUGCUACCGAGAUAUGUUGCUAAAGUCUAUAAAAGAAAGACUCGCAGAAUCCCUUAUGCAUUCUUCACUUGAGACUCGAAGGUGAAGACCAUUUGGUGCGACUAUUUUUCUGCCCACUUUAUAUCAUGCAAAUGUUACUUGUUGAAUUCUUUGUCACACGAAUGCCACAAAGACAAUGUGAAUGCACAGCUCAUACGUUUCAACGCACAAGGCAUCAUGUGACAUUAGGCCAAGUCACGUGAAUUCAGGUGUUUAUAUUUCUUUAAUCACUCCAAUUCCACAAAGAUGAAGUAAAUACAUAGCUCAGUUCAGAAGGUGCAUGUGUGUUCAUUUGACUUAUUGUACGACAGGCCGCUUUUUCUCUCAAGAUCACGUUCCCAUGAGACAUAUAAGGCUUUCGCCUUGGAAAAAGUACAGCUUGAACAAGUGUACAAAUCAAGUAACACUGAAUAGCAGAACUCGUUACUUAUGUUUUUAAGGCAGUAGGUAAAAUCGGGACUACUAUAUGUC